GAAGGUUUUCUUUGUUUUCUCACACACGUCUUAUUCAUGAUUAUGGAAAGCGAAGUAAGUAAAUCAAGACCUCACCAAGGAAAUGUUUCCAUGCACCGAAGCAUAAAUAUCAAGGCUUCAUUCCGAAGGCCUUCGAGUUAAGUUACAUAAACAAGUAAACUCUCAACCAAAUUACUAGAUUGUGCGCACCUCCGAAAUUCGUAAAACGAAAAUGGAAAUGGACAAACAGGGCUUCGAUCAAGCUUCCUCCUAUAAGGAGAAAUUGAAGCAUGUUCAAGGCUUGAUACCUAUUGACAAACCACUCAUCACAUGGGACGGCCGCCGUGGAAGAUCACCACGUGAGUACUUAAAGCCACCUACUAUACCAUAUGGCCAAAAAGUCGCAGAAUGGCAAAAUGCCCUUUCUGGCCAACAAGAUGUACCCGGUUUCCGUGACUGUUCAGAAGUCCGAUCUCUUCGCAAGGACGCACCCACUAUGGUCCUGAUUUUCUAUCCCCGCCCAGACGAAGAUAAUGCAAGGCCUAUACAUCAGAGCCCUUCUUACCUAAAGAGAAUCGAACGCAUAGCUCAAAUGGGGGAGCAGACAAUUAUCUACGUCCCACCCGAACUGACGGAAACAAUCCGUGCCAUGCGAUCCGAUCCACAUUGGCACAUAGUGGAUGCGUAUCCUACGAUUUGGGAUGUACCGACUAACAACUACCAGCGCGAUAACUUCACAAAUAAGCAGCCGAAACUUUUUAGGGAGCUCGACGGCUAUAGCGAUGCGGAUGGUGAGCUGAGACCAAUAGAAAGAUACAACCGUGGCCAUCAUAGCGCCGUGUGUAACGCGAAGGCAUUCAUCAUGUACGACGCUAUCAUGCGCAACCCCUUCGGCUCCGACCGUUGGAUGUACGUGGAUGCGGGCUUCCUCUUUGACGACGGCCCCAAAGAUGCCGAUGGAGUAAUUUGGGGCGACCUCAUCAAAAGCGGUCUCGACUCUGCAAAAUUCGAUCGUGCUAUUAGUGUCUCGCGCGACACAGGUGUGGUUAUGGGGGAGUACUGUCACCGAGAUAGCUGUCCAGAUAUCAACGACGAAUGCUGGAGCAAUCCUAAACGAACCUGGCGCACCCGUCAAUUCAUCAAGAAUGUGUACGUAGGUAAUUCACUUGGGAUGCUAAACUACAGCGUGCGCUUCAUGCAGACGGUAGACGAUAUGGAUGCUAACGGGUUCUACACCGGACGGGAGGAAUACGUCGUAGCUUUUGUCGUUCUUCGAUACCCUAAUUCGGUCUUCUCUAUUCCGUGGUUUCCCCUACCGCGACAGCUUGAUUAUCGUUGGCAGUUUCCAGGAAAGCUAGUGUUUUCUCGCAUUGGUGGCCCCGAGUCAGUACCCCCUAUUGUGGACCCGAUCGCUGCUUUGUACGUUCGCGAUUACGUACCGAGUCGACCGAGUCUGGAUGCUGGAGGAAUCUAUACUACGACUCCAGAAGAUCAUUAUGAAUGGGAAAUCCGCCACGGGGUGAUUAAGCCUACCUAAGAGGAAUAAUAAGCAAUAGUAAGAAUUUUGCUUAUAGAAUAGUCACUUUAUAAAAGGAUUUUGCUGAAGUUAUCCACCUAAAUUAAAAUUAUUCACCCCAAAAUUGAACCAUCAUCUUUUACGGCGAAAGC